AUUACCGCUUUAUGAAACUCUUGCUUACACGCAGAGCAGACUGGAUGCAGAAGGAUCUAGAAGAGAUGACACCUUUGCACCUGACUACCCGGCAUAAGAGCCCCAAGUGUCUCGCCCUUCUGCUGAAGUUUAUGGCCCCUGGGGAGGUGGAUACACAGGACAAAAACAAGCAAACAGCUUUGCACUGGAGUGCCUACUACAACAACCCGGAGCAUGCAAAGCUGCUCAUCAAACAUGACUCCAACAUCGGGAUUCCCGACAUAGAAGGCAAGAUCCCACUCCACUGGGCAGCCAACCACAAAGACCCAAGCGCUGUGCACACAGUGAGAUGUAUCCUGGAUGCUGCUCCAACAGAGUCAUUAUUGAACUGGCAAGACUAUGAGGGCCGCACACCUCUUCACUUUGCAGUCGCCGACGGAAACCUGACAGUGGUGGAUGUCUUGACCUCCUAUGAAAGCUGCAACAUAACAUCUUACGAUAACUUAUUUCGAACCCCACUUCACUGGGCAGCCUUACUAGGCCAUGCACAGAUUGUCCAUCUCCUUUUAGAAAGAAACAAGUCUGGAACUAUCCCUUCUGACAGCCAAGGAGCAACGCCCUUGCACUAUGCAGCGCAGAGUAACUUUGCUGAAACAGUUGAAGUGUUUUUAAAGCAUCCUUCAGUGAAAGAUGAUUCCGACCUGGAAGGAAGAACAUCCUUCAUGUGGGCAGCAGGGAAAGGCAGUGAUGACGUGCUCAGGACUAUGCUGAGUUUAAAAUCUGACAUUGACAUCAACAUGGCAGACAAGUACGGAGGCACAGCUUUACAUGCUGCUGCCCUUUCUGGCCAUGUCAGCACUGUGAAGUUAUUAUUGGACAAUGAUGCUCAAGUAGAUGCUACUGACGUCAUGAAACAUACUCCACUCUUCCGAGCCUGUGAGAUGGGACACAAAGAUGUGAUUCAGACACUUAUUAAAGGCGGAGCAAGGGUAGAUCUGGUUGACCAAGAUGGACAUUCUCUUCUCCACUGGGCAGCACUGGGGGGAAAUGCCGAUGUCUGCCAGAUACUGAUAGAAAAUAAGAUCAACCCAAAUGUGCAGGAUUAUGCAGGAAGAACACCUCUUCAGUGUGCUGCAUACGGAGGGUACAUCAACUGCAUGGCUGUGCUCAUGGAAAACAAUGCAGACCCCAACAUCCAAGACAAAGAGGGACGGACAGCUUUGCACUGGUCCUGUAAUAAUGGCUACCUUGAUGCAAUUAAAUUACUGCUGGAUUUUGCUGCUUUCCCUAAUCAGAUGGAGAACAAUGAGGAGAGGUACACACCCCUUGAUUAUGCAUUGCUUGGUGAGCGCCAUGAGGUGAUCCAGUUCAUGCUGGAACAUGGUGCCCUGUCCAUCGCAGCUAUACAAGACAUUGCUGCCUUCAAAAUCCAAGCUGUCUACAAAGGAUACAAGGUCAGAAAAGCCUUCCGAGACCGGAAGAACCUCCUCAUGAAACACGAACAGCUGAGAAAGGACGCUGCAGCUAAAAAACGGGAGGAGGAAAACAAGAGGAAGGAAGCUGAACAGCAGAAAGGAUUGCUGAGCCCAGAUCCCAGACCCCACGUUCUCCCCUGUCCACCCAGCCCCCAGAACGAGCCCAGCAAACAGGGUGCAGCCCCUAGCAAACAGCCACCUGCUGACCACACAGUCCAGGGCCCCAACCUGGAGCACAGCAGAAGGUCUCCAGGCCCAUGUCCAGGCAGAGCUUCCCACAAGGAUUGUUCCUCAGACCUUCAGGGAACAAAUGAAACACCCAGGGAACACUGCAGAGGCCCCUCUGCCUGUGUGCACCUCAGAUCCUGUGAAGGCGGUGAUGGCUCCAGGCCUCAGGGAGCAUCCUCUGUGCCCAAGUGCCGAGGUGAGACCAAUGGCGAGCACCGGUGUGAGGCGGGACCAAGCAGGGCCAGGCAGCCCUUGUCCUUUGGGUCAGCCCAGCCUGCUGAAAAAGGAGAGGACUCCAGCCCUGCAAGUGCUUCCCAGCAGGACAGCCCCAGGAAGCCCAGCAGGAGGCAGGACAGGGCAGCCAGGCCUGGAGGUGCUGCUUCCCAGAAAAGGCGCGCCCACCAGCUCAAAGACCGGUGCUCCCCGGCUGGGUCCAGCCGGCCUGGCAGCGCCAGGCAGGACGUUGUCCGUACUGAACAGAGCUCUCUCCACCAUCGCACGCCAAGGAACAAGGUGACCCAGGACAAGCUUAUAGGAGGGGUCUCCUCAGAUUUGCCACUCGGCACAGAAGAGUUGAGGUCAGGAUGCAGGAAGCUGUGUGAGGACGUUCGGGCAUCUACAGAGAGUGAUGGGGUUCAUGGUCCCCCGCCGGGACAGAGUGUGAAUAUCCACCUUCUUCCUGUAGAGCAGCGCCUGCAGAUAAUCCAGAGGGAGCGAAGUAGGAAAGAGCUGUUUCGCAGAAAGAACAAGGCGGCAGCAGUCAUCCAGCGAGCCUGGCGAAGCUACCAGCUCAGGAAGUACCUGCGUCGUCUUCUGCAUGUGAAGCAGCUUGGAGCUGGAGACGUGCUCAGAUGUACCCAAGUGUGCACAGCCCUGCUCCUCCAGGUCUGGAGGGCGGAACUGGAACUCAGGUUCCCGAAGUACACCUCAGUAAGCAGAACGCCCAAAAAUCCAUCCAAAGGCAUGUCAGCCACGAAGUCUGCCAGGCACUCAGUGCUCAGGCAGAUCUACGGUUGCUCUCAAGAAGGCAAAGUACAUCAUGCCAUCAAGUCUUCCAAAGUUCCUCCUGUGCUGCGUCUCAAUUCAGUAAACAGUUUGCAGUCUAUACAUCUUGACAACAGUGGAAGAUCAAAGAAGUUUUCUUACAACCUACAACCAGCCAGUCAAUCAAAAAGCAAGCCAAAGCUUUGACCCUGGGGGAAAAGCAGACCCAGUGUGGAGUUCUGCUAUCAACUGUCUGUUCUCAUGAGAAAGCUUCACUGUCCGGACCUAAAGCCUUAUUAACUGGAAUAUGAGGUAGCAAGUCAAAUGUUUCCUCCUGGCGUACAUGGAAAGGACUGCCUAGCUAUGUGCCUCACUUCAGUCAGUGUGGCUGGCAGAAAGAACUGAUGGUAAUCAGUGGGACUAACAACACCUGCACUAAGGAGCUGCUGGUUGGUAUUUCUGACAGCUAACUGGCAUAGGCCUCGUUUUUUUACUCCAAAGAACCUCAAGUGAGAUGGAAACCUGUGCCGCCACCGCCACCGCAGCUACCUUCAGCCCCUUACUUCCUGGAACAUGUCACAAACACCACAAUACACUUUAAAUCGUACAUCAAAAUCAUGGCCUAGUGUUUGCACUUAGAAACUGCCCAGAAGACUGGAAGUACACUCUCUGUUGACUCCUUAGUUUUCAGUUUCCAAACUGGCCCUGGAAGGCUACAAGCUGCAGCCACGUGCUCACUCUGACUGACUGGGGCUUCACUGCUGAGUGGCACCAAGAACAUCACAGCAUCAAGAAACCAGCAAGACAGGGUUCACAGCAGCGGGAACCAAAGCACUCUUCCCUUCCGCUUUGCAUCUUCUGACCAACCUGCUGAAGUAAACAGUCUUCCCCAACUGCAACUUCUUUUGGGAAAGUAACCCACAUUCUAGCUCUCUAAGAAUACUUAAAUGAAGUCUAAGUGGUUAUGGGCUUUUACAGAGGCACAGAUGACAUCAGGCCACUCCUGUGCUAACACUACAGGAUAGGAAGCGAGGGUUUACCUCAUUUAUUUACCCUGACUUUUGGCUUAGUAAAUUAUAUUCAAAACUAUGAAAACAGGUUUACCUAGAUGGGAUCACAAAGAUUCAGCUAAUUUGUCGGUAAGUGAAUGAAGGCACCAUAGAUCAUUCUAUGUACUGUAAACAUUUAGCUCUUAGGAAAUUCAAACGUGCUUCUCCAGACCAACAAUGUGAGAACACUAAGAAUUCUUGGCCUUCUGUUCCCACUUCAGUACAAAGGUAGCUCAUGAACAACUUCUUUAAAAGUUUAGCUUUAAUGACAAACAUCUGUUACAUCAGUCUUCAAAAUAAAAUGGAUGUGCAUGAACAAUUUCA